AUGGUCAUGUUACAUAUCAUAGUGGACCCCGGGCUCAUGUUUCGUGUACAGUGCAUCAUUUCCCGCCUGUUAGGUCAUCCAGUCAGAUUAGUGGGACCUUCUCGAUGCUCUGGAAGAAUUGAAGUCUUUUACAAUGGCGCAUGGGGAACCGUGUCCGAUAAUGGCUGGGACUUGAAUGAUGCUCAGGUAGUCUGCAGACAGCUGGGCUGUGGUUUAGCCAUUGCUGCCCCUCAUUCUGCCUACUUUGGAAAAGGAACUGACAAAAUCUGGGUUGAUAAUGUUAUGUGUACAGGGAGUGAAACAUACCUGACCCAGUGCUCAUUAAGUGGAUUUCAAUCACACAACCUUAGUCACAGUCAGGUUGCAAGUGUCAUCUGUUCGGCUGGCCAAAUAAGGUUAGUUGGACCAAACAGGUGUUCUGGAAGAGUUGAAAUCUACUACAACAGAUCCUGGGUUGCAGUCUGUAAUGGGAGCAAAGACUUAAAUGUAGCCAGAACAAUCUGCAGGCAACUAGGCUGUGGUACGGCUCUAGGUCUCCAUCACUUUGGAGAGGGAGCAGGGCAAACCUGGGUGGAUGAUUUGGCAUGUACAGGAAACGAAAGACAUAUCUCAGAGUGUUUGAAACCUGGAUCUGUGAGACAGGACUGUGCACACAGUGAAGAUGUUGGUGUCAUCUGUUCAGGCCUAAUAAAGCCCACCAUCACCAUAAACCCUCAAAGUGACAUCACCCUGGGUCAGAAUAUCAGCGUCACUUGUUUGGUCCCUAACGUACAACUUGGAGGAACAUUCAUCUUUAAAUGGACCUCAGAUGCAUCUAGUCUGACUGUUGAGUCAAACAGCAGCUCUGCUACUUUUUAUAUUCCUCAAAUUGGUUUUGAGCAUGAAGGAUCAUAUCAAUGUCAGUUUCGAAUAAGGGUUUCUAAUGAAGACUUCAUCACAGAUUUUAGUAAUUCUGUUCAGCUAAAUUUAAAUGCAAUUCUUCCAAAACCCAGCAUUACCAUUGAACCUGCAGGUGUGAUUACGUUUGGUGAACUUGUCACUAUCACUUGCUCAAUCUCAACUCAGUUGUUGAAUGGAUCAUUCAUUCUGCAGAGAAGGCCAAACUACAGUAAUUUUUACGAUAUGAAGAGUCAAUCGUCAAGCAUCAAUUCUUCCAUAUUCAGAUUUCUUGAAGUCACCUCUGAUCAUGAGGGAUAUUACAGAUGUUAUUAUACAAAAGCAGUAAUAAUUCGAACUCUAACGUCACCUGUAAGUGAUUCUCUUCCACUUUUUAUCACUGAUACCUAAGGUCAUGUACAUAAACAUGGGUUUGUGAAUUUUUACUUAUUUUGCUUAUUCUUUAAAGUUAAUCCCUUUCUUUAAUCCAUCUUCAUUUCCUCUCCUUUUAAAUACCAUUGUCACAUCAUCACACUUUUUUCCAGCCCUGAAAGAAAGGGAUUUUUAUAAUCAUACACAUCACAGCAGCUCUUUUAU